UGUCAGUGGUUGCUACGGAAGGAGGGUAUUUAUUUAUUUCCGGUUCGACGUGAAUUUUGCUGUUCUCGUUUUUGCGGUUUCUAAAUCUCUCGACUUCUGUCUUAUUCUACAUUGUUGUGACAAACUGCGAGGAGAAGCCGAGUGUUGAACCUGAUGACUAUGGCGAUGGAAACCGCAUACCUGAAGACACACAUGGGGGACUGUCUGGCGCAGUGUUUGUGCGAGGUAGCUGAGAAACGGCCCGCUGACCCAAUCGAAUACAUCUCACAGUGGCUCUACAAAUACGAGCAGAAUCAGAGGAGUCUGCGGGAGAAACAGGCUGACAUUGAGCGGAUGGAGAGAGAGAAGAAGGAGUACGAGUUAGAGAAGAAGAUGCAGGAGGAGAUGAGACAGGAGGCGGCCCGGAUCCGCGCCAUUGAGGAGAGGAAGAGGAAGGAGCAGGAAUUGCUGAGGCAGCAAGAAGCGUCGACUGCUACCAAACUGGCGACAGUGAUGGAGAAAAGCGAGGAACCUCAAGAGAAAGUUGUGUCGGAGGAGAUUAAACAGUCUAGUGUGGAGAUUCUAGAGGAGAGUUCUGAGACGGCCCCCGGAUCUCAGGAAGGUGCUUGGGGGGAGGAGCAGGCUCCGUCCCAGGGUGAUGAGAACCAGGAUGAGCCCCUGGAAGAUGAAUCAGAGGAACAGGCGGCUUAGGGAAGUCUCGCACUGUCGUCUGUCCAUCCGUCCAUCCAUCUGUCCGUCUGUGGGUUUAACUGUCAUCUGUCCAUCCAUGGGUUCAGCUAUCGUCUGUGUUAAACAGUGAACAAAGACAUUAAUGCUUUGUGAUGUUAUUUUGUUAACAGAGUGGUGCGUAGUUAUAAUAUAAAUUUUUUUGUAAUGGUACUUGGUUCUCUUAAACAAUGCUUGGCCAUGUAAAAGUUAGUUUUUUAAACAGAAAUUGUAUAUGUUUACAUCUGGCCAUGUUGUGUUUAUUACUUAAAUCAUCCAUCAGGCCCAUAGGAACAAUACCUGGAGAGGUUGGGGUGGGCCAGUCUCUAGUGGGGGAGCACAAGCAAGAUUUUUAUUUUUAUUUAUAUAGAGUUAGACAAAGAAAACUUACUUUUUCAUAUUCGUGUAUGGAUGGGGGGGGGGGGGGGGGCAAAGCCCCCUCCCAGCUCUUCCAGUUCCUAUAGGCCUGUCUAUAAGUAUUUCUUAAAGGUAUUUUGAAAACCCCCAGUAUUAUCAGAAUUCUUGUGCAUGCCAACGUUUAUACAUAUAACUGCAACCCCAAACACAGCCCUUAAAAUUGAAUCAAUUGCAAUGGCAGUUUAGUACAGAUAAUAACCUGAUAAUAAAAAACCCUAUUGCAGAUCGAUUUAGCUACUGCUUUUUGCAGUGGCAUUGCUGAUUGAUGUCAUGAAUUAUGAAGACUAAACACAUCAGAUAUAAGGCAAUUAAUACAUGCAUCUUAAGUAAAAAGACUGAGUUCAGUCAGAUGUAACAGGACCAUGUAGCUUUAAUAUCUGCUGAUUUAAAAUUCGACAUAUCUUCAGGAAAUUAAUUUCAGUUUCAUCUCUAAUCAAACGAAACAAGUCAAUAGGUGUUCUAACAGAUAUUAGUACAAGCUGGCCCUGGUUUGUAGGUCAUUUGGGCUGGUCGGAGGUUAAAUGUCAGCUUAAUGAGAACAAGAACAAAAUCAACAAUGAGAACAGACUUUCAUUUAAAGGGACUGUCCUAUGUUGGGUCAUAAUAAAAUAAAUUAUACAUUUUUAUCCAUGCGAGCUCAGAGGGUAUAUUCCCAUUUUGUUUAUUAGUUUAAAAAAUUAAAAAAAUACAGUAAUAAUAAAAAUUAUUAUAAAUUUAUGGAAAUUCUACAUACAUUGUGUAUAUGUUCUGAGAAUAUAAAAUAAAAAAUAUAAUUUCACCCUAACUGUCUUCAUUUUGUAAACAAUUUGGAUGAAAAUAUAUCAUUUAUAGUAUUAAGGCCAUCUGGAAGACAUCUGGAUAAUGAAACCUAUUAAAAGUGUGAAAUACAAUGCAUUCUAUCAAUAAAGUCAUUCUGGUUUCCUUUCAUACAGAUAUUCAGAUUCUAAGCAAGACAAUUUUUGUAUAUUCAGGGAACACUUUGUUUAAAAAAAAAGAAGAUUUGUGACGUAUUUGAUAAAAUAAAAAUUGAUUAGCAACUACUAUUUAAUGUUUUAGAAUGGUGUAGUGAUUUGUAAAUCAUGACGUGAUACUGAACAAAAUGUUCCCAGAUAUUGUAGUUAUAAUAAUGGAUAAAAAGCUAUAUUUGGCACACAAAAAAAAAAAAAGACCAAAAAAGUUACACUGACAAUUUUAAGUUCUGUUUGGUUAUAAAUAUCAUGAUUACUCUGUACCGAUGAAACAAGUGUGUAUUUUAAAGAUGGACGUGCAUAAUGCAUAGGAGUCGGCCUACUUAUUAUGACUAUACCACUAUUGUUAUAUUAUAAAAUAUAGUAAAUCAAGUAAUUAAUGCGUUCAUAUAUUGGUUACAUGUUUUAAUUUCUCAUUAAUUUAUUGGUUUACGCUGUAUGUAAAAAUCAAGUUUAUUUUCCAUACCAGGCUUAUACAGCUGGGCAUCUUACAUUUAAUUUUUUUGUUCAGUGAAUACUCAUUAAUUUCUGUUUACUGUAAUAUAUAGUCCAACAAAAUGAUAAUGUGCGAUUUCUUGUUGUCUUGCAAGAAACAUGAUAUUUAAAAAAAAAUUAAUGCAUGAGUAUUUAUAAAUAAAUUCAAUACAGGUAUUAUGGUCAAAUAUGAUUAAAAUCAGUUCAUUUCACAUUUGUAAUGUUGUAAAUGUUAAAAGUGAUCAGUUGUUAAAAAAUGAUCAGAUAGUUUUGUCAGAAUAUUCUAAUUAUUUGUAUUUAAUCCAGUGUGAGAAACAGUUGAAGGAUCUAGUCAAAACAAUCAAAAUUUAUACUAGUAUGUAGUUUCUCUUCACUUUUCUAACACUUAAUGGUUUUUGUUUGUUUAUUCUAUAUUUUCAUUACACUAAAUGGUGUUUAAAAAUAUGAUAAAUUGUCUUUUAAAAUUAAAUUUCUUUACUUAAUGUACUCUGUAUAUACAAUGAAUAUAAUGGCAGCCAUGUUAAUUAGAAUGGUAAAAUUAACGAAAAUACCUUUUGGAAACAUGUUUUAUAUACACAGUAUUUAAUACUAAACAAUAUUUGUAUUCUUAUAUUUGAUAAACAUUUAUCUUUUGCUAGAUUCUUGAUUUUUGAAAACCUUUUUUUGUCCUAUUAUAUUGGUGAGGAAAGUUACGUCUAUAUAUCUGUAAAGCUUAUAUUGUGUUGUGAAAUAUUGUAAAUUUGAAAAUACCAUACACACAAAACAUGAGCUUUAUCCUGUGUUAUACGUGUAUUUUACAAAUCAUAUUUGAUAUUUUUUUUUUCAUCCGUGGGAUCACAGCUCCCAUUAUUAUAUUAUAUUGCUGUUUGUGCAACAUAUUUACUUUUGUACUUAACCAUUUAUUCGUAUAUGCAUUUUGUAUUAACCACAGUAUUAUUUACGUUCAUCCAUUGGCGUGUGUUGUUUUGGCUUGAGUAUGCAAUAUCUUAAUAACUUUAUUCUACAGUGAUUCUGUAUAUACAAUUAUUCUAAAUAUUUGUGCAUAGCUGUAUUUAUAGUUGUGUUCAACUGGGUGAGUUACGAGAGAAAGGUUGGGUGAAAAAGUGAAAACAACAGGAAAUAUAUUUAUGGCAUAGAUAUAUUCCGUUUGAAGUGAUAAUUUUAUAGUCAAAAGGAAAAUAAAACUUGAAAGAAA